UUUCCGGCUCCGGUAUGAUGGCAGGCUCCUGUCCUGAAGGCGCGCCCACGGCGGACAACGGGAAGAGGCAGCAGUUUGGGAACCGGUUGCUGAGCGAUCCGGCGCGUGUCUUCCACUACAAUGCCUGGGACAAUGUGGAGUGGUCGAAAGAGCAGGCCGAGGCGGCGGAGAGGAAAGUCCAGGAGAACAGUACCCAGCGGGUGUGCCAGGAGAAACAAGUUGAUUAUGAGAUAAAUGCCCACAAAUACUGGAAUGACUUCUACAAAAUCCACGAAAAUGGCUUUUUCAAGGACAGACAUUGGCUUUUCACUGAAUUCCCAGAGCUAGCCCCUAGUCAAAACCAGAAUCACUUGGUGGAUUUGCUCUCAGAGAACAAGAGGAGUCAAGUGCCUGGAUGUAAGAGCAGUGAGGAUGGACCCGGUUUCAUAACAGAAGAACAGCACGAGUGCUCUUCAAACAGCCUUGGGCAUAAAACACAGACCCUACCUGUGGUAGAGAAUGUAACUCAGAAACUCAGUCACUUGGAGAUGCCUGCUGAUGAGUUUCCUGGAUCCUCAGCCACCUACCGCAUAUUCGAGGUUGGUUGUGGAGUGGGAAACACAGUCUUUCCAAUUUUACAAACCAACAAUGACCCAAGACUCUUUGUUUACUGUUGUGAUUUUUCUUCCACAGCUAUACAACUGGUUCAGACAAAUUUAGCAUAUGAUCCUUCUCGGUGUUUUGCCUUUGUUCACGACUUGUGUGAUGAAGAUAAGAAUUACCCAAUUCCCAGGGAUAGUCUUGAUAUCAUCGUCCUCAUAUUUGUUCUUUCAGCAAUUAUUCCAGACAAGAUGCAGAAGGCUAUCGACAGGCUGAGUGGGCUUCUGAAGCCUGGAGGGAUGAUACUUCUGCGAGACUAUGGCCGCCAUGAUAUGGCUCAGCUUCGGUUUAAAAAAGGUCAAUGUCUAUCUGAAAAUUUCUAUGUGAGAGGUGAUGGCACCAGAGUUUACUUCUUCACACAAGAUGAAUUGGACACACUUUUCACGACUGCUGGACUGGAAAAGGUUCAGAACCUAGUGGAUCGCCGAUUGCAAGUGAACCGAGGGAAACAGCUGACAAUGUACCGAGUCUGGAUUCAGUGCAAAUAUCGCAAACCUCUUCAGUCCAACACGGGCUCCUGACAGGAGGGCAGCUCCUUGGCUUUCUUAAAAGAACAUCCACCGAUGGUGUCUUGUUGAUGUUGGACAGUUCAAGGAAUCAAAAUUGAGCCUUGAAGCUAGGAAAAACUACUUUUUACCAAGAUUCCAACGAUCAUGCUUCAUAUUUGUCAAGACCUUUAAUGUAUACUUUUCUCCAGCUUUUUAUUAAUUUGAGAUCUCAAAGAAUCUCUCUUGCCAUUUUGUAAUAUCUUCAUAACUGAAAUAUUCAUGGAAAUUAGGAAUUUUAAAGGCAUCAAGAAUUUAUUUCCAUGUGAAAGUAUCAUCUGUGAUAAAGUGUCAUUUGUAUUUAUUACCUUAUUUGGGAAUUCAAAUAUGUGGUUUCAAAGUAUAUUAAGUAUUUCUUUCCUUCUAAGUAACCUGUGUCUAAAAACUGAAUGGAUCAUUUUCGUUUAUUUUUGGCAUUGCUAUGCUCUUAAAUGUUUGCUGCAAAGAAAUUGAGAGAACUUUAUCACUUCUGAAUGUGAUCGAUAUCAGUGUUAAUUUUUUCUAUGUUAUGCUUUUUUUCAGUUAUUACUUUCACAUGUUUCUCUCUUGUGGUCC